ACGCACCGGCAUCAGUUGAAUUGAGAAAAUACGCUUGAAAACAUUUUGCGCGGAGCAACUAAUAAAGUGUUUUUGCAUAUUUUUUGCAAGUGACUUUAAAGAAUUUUAUUCAAAGAAGUAUUUUGUGCUAAGUUAACAUAUAAAAGUAUAAUAAAACAAGAUGCCAGAGGAAGUGGAAACCUUUGCUUUCCAAGCUGAAAUUGCUCAGCUUAUGUCGUUGAUCAUCAACACAUUCUACUCGAAUAAAGAAAUUUUCCUUCGUGAGUUGAUCUCCAACGCUUCUGAUGCUUUGGAUAAAAUCCGCUACGAGUCGUUGACUGACCCCACUAAGUUGGAUAGUGGUAAGGAGCUGUACAUCAAGCUCAUUCCCAAUAAGACUGCUGGAACCUUGACCCUUAUUGAUACCGGUAUUGGUAUGACUAAAUCUGAUUUGGUUAACAAUCUGGGUACAAUUGCCAAGUCUGGAACAAAGGCAUUCAUGGAAGCAUUGCAAGCUGGUGCUGAUAUCUCUAUGAUUGGUCAAUUUGGUGUUGGUUUCUACUCAGCUUAUUUGGUUGCUGAUAAGGUAACCGUUACAUCAAAGCACAACGAUGAUGAACAAUACAUUUGGGAGUCUUCUGCCGGUGGUUCUUUCACUGUCAAACCUGACAACACAGAGCCUUUGGGACGUGGUACUAAGAUUGUUCUUUAUAUCAAGGAAGAUCAAACCGAAUAUUUGGAAGAAAGCAAAAUCAAGGAAAUUGUGAAUAAACACUCACAAUUCAUUGGUUACCCAAUUAAGUUAUUGGUCGAAAAAGAACGUGAUCAGGAAGUGAGUGACGAUGAGGCUGAAGAUGACAAAAAAGAUGAAGAGAAGAAAGAAAUGGAUACAGAUGAGCCGAAGAUUGAAGAUGUUGGUGAAGAUGAAGACGCCGACAAAGACAAGGACAAGAAGAAGAAGAAGACUGUAAAGGUUAAAUACACCGAGGAUGAGGAGUUGAACAAAACCAAACCAAUUUGGACCCGCAACCCCGAUGAUAUUUCCCAGGAAGAAUAUGGCGAGUUCUACAAAUCUCUUACCAAUGAUUGGGAGGAUCAUUUGGCCGUUAAGCAUUUCUCCGUUGAAGGCCAGUUGGAAUUCCGUGCUUUGCUCUUUAUCCCACGUCGCACUCCCUUCGAUUUGUUUGAAAAUCAGAAGAAGCGCAACAACAUUAAAUUGUAUGUCCGACGUGUGUUCAUCAUGGACAAUUGUGAAGAACUCAUUCCUGAGUAUUUGAAUUUCAUCAAGGGUGUGGUCGACUCUGAAGAUUUGCCUCUGAAUAUCUCUCGUGAAAUGUUGCAACAGAACAAAGUAUUAAAAGUAAUUCGCAAAAAUCUGGUGAAGAAAACCAUGGAAUUGAUCGAAGAACUUACCGAAGACAAAGAGCUGUACAAGAAGUUCUACGAUCAAUUUGCCAAGAAUUUGAAAUUGGGUGUGCAUGAAGACAGCAACAACCGCGCUAAACUUGCUGACUUCUUACGUUAUCACACCUCGGCUUCUGGUGAUGAUGCUGCUUCUUUGUCUGAUUACGUCUCGCGUAUGAAGAGUAACCAGAAACACAUUUACUUCAUCACUGGUGAGUCUAAGGAACAAGUAAGCAACUCGGCAUUCGUCGAACGUGUAAAGGCCCGUGGUUUCGAAGUAAUCUACAUGACUGAACCCAUUGAUGAAUACGUCAUCCAACACUUGAAGGAAUAUAAGGGCAAACAAUUGACCUCUGUUACCAAAGAAGGUUUGGAAUUGCCUGAAGAUGAAGCUGAGAAGAAGAAGCGCGAGGAGGACAAAGCUAAAUUCGAAAACUUGUGCAAGCUGAUGAAGUCGAUUUUGGACAACAAAGUUGAAAAGGUCGUUGUAUCCAACAGAUUGGUCGAGUCGCCAUGUUGUAUUGUAACAUCCCAGUUCGGUUGGUCAGCUAACAUGGAGCGUAUAAUGAAGGCGCAAGCGUUACGUGACACCUCCACUAUGGGCUACAUGGCCGGAAAGAAACAUUUGGAAAUCAAUCCAGAACAUCCAAUCAUCGAAACUUUACGCCAAAAGGCUGAAGCCGACAAGAACGAUAAGGCUGUAAAAGACUUGUGCAUCCUACUUUUCGAGACUGCGCUGUUGUCUUCAGGUUUCUCCUUGGACAGUCCACAAGUGCAUGCUUCCCGCAUUUAUCGCAUGAUCAAACUUGGUCUUGGUAUUGACGAAGAAGAGCCCAUGGCGACUGAAGAUACUCAGAGCGGUGGUGAUGCGCCUCCAUUGGUUGAUGACACUGAGGAUGCCUCUCAUAUGGAAGAAGUCGAUUAAAUUACAAAAAAUACUGACAAAAUUCCAUUGUUCCAAAAUUUGAAUGGGAAUUUUGCUAGUUCUACAUCAUAAGUUCAUUUAGUUUACAUAAUUUUGUAUUCGAUUUAGCGAACAAAUCUAAAAUUCUAGACUUAUAGCUACUAUUUAUGUUCAAUUAAUGAGUAUCAAAAUGGCAUUUUGUUGUCGCGUUUUAAGCGGCCUAAUCCUAUCUUAAGAUGGGGACUUUCGUUUAAAUCGAUGUAUGCGUGUGAGAAUCUACAUAGGAAUAAAUAUUGAAAUGAACUUAAUACUGUAUGUUAUGGAUUCUGUAUUAAUAAGAAAUUUAAAAUAAACAAAUUGUUUAUGAAAAUCAA